CAAGUGAUAGUAAUUUUUUGAUUGAACUUAAAUUUAUAAUAUUAUAUUUAAAGUAUUAUAACUUUAUUAUUACUUUCCUUUUUAUAUUUACAUUUGUAAUUAUUUUUAUUUAUUUAAAAUAACGAUGAGUAGUGAGAAAAAGUAAAACGAGCCCGUGUUUCUAAUAUUUCCGAAGAGGAAAAAGCAAUAAUAUUGCACUGCAUAUCAAAAGAAAAGCAUUUAAUGAGUGUAAAAAACAGAUAAAUAUCUAAUAAUAUCUAGCAAUAUAUAGCAAUAAAGAAAAACAUUUCUCUUGGGAAAGGAUUACAGCGAGUUUUACACACACCUUGGCGUUAACAAAUAUGAAUGAAAUGUGGAAUGAGCUGGAAAUUAAAAUUGAAAUUAAAAACUCAGAAAGAUUGUUACUACAAGAAUCACAUAGAAGUUGAUCCCCAAAAUAGAACUGUGGGAAAUACAAACAGGAAUAAUGAAACGUCAAAGGAGCUGAAAAUUAAAAUCGAAAAAAAAAAUGAAACUGAUGAUUACGAUGAGCUCACUAUAAAACUUAAAGAAGAGAACCAGUUUAAAUUAUUUCAGAACUAGAAUUAAAGAAGGGAGAAACUAGCUAAGAAUUAAAAUGGAUGAUUUUAACCGCGGUAUCGUGAUCAAAAUAGAGAAAGAAGAUGAGGAUACGACAGAACCAUUUACGGCAGAGAAUAUUGACGGAGAUGAAUAUAGACUUAAUGAAAUAGGAGACGAGACAAGAAUUAAAAAUAAAGAAUGUGAGACUGAUGAUAAUCACUACAAGUCCACUUUUGAUGUAGUAGAAAAUAGUGAACAACAAAAAACGAACGAUGGGAUUGCAUACAAUGCCGGAGAAAUGUGCAACGAAACAAUGGUCAAAGUCGAAGUGGACUUAGUGAAUGGACUUUAUUUCGAGUCUGUGAUUGAAGCUGAAAGAAAUAGUCUCAUGGAUGAGAUACAGUCAUUUGUAUGCGAUGUAUGCAAAAAGUUAUUUUCUACAAAAAAGAAAUUUGCCCGACACAUUACACAUUCACAUAGUGCACAACUAUUAACGCAAAAAAGCACCGGAAAAGAAGUCGUUGAUAGUACUUUUAUCGGUGAUAGCGGUACGAGAAAUGAAGCCAAUAAACAAACAGCAUCGAAGAAUAGCAAUGAAAAUAUAACAAAACGGCCGUUAUACCAAUGUAAUUUAUGUCAAUUGUCGUAUAACACCAAGAAGCAAAUAACUUUACAUAUCACAAAAUCCCACAAAAGUUUGACGAAUAAACACUCAUGUGAGGAGUGCUUACAAUCAUUUUCUCGAAAAUUCAAACUGAUAAUUCACAAACGCGUGCACACCGGUGAAAAGCCCUUCAAAUGUAACGUGUGUUUGAAGUCGUUUUCACAAAAACCCAACCUUAAAAUACACAAAAGCGUUCACACAGGAGAAAAACCUUAUAAAUGUAAUGUGUGCCUUAAAUCAUUUUCUGCAAAAAACUCUCUCAUAAUACACGAACGUGUGCACACAGGAGAAAAGCCCUAUAAAUGUGAUGUAUGUUUAAAAACAUUUUCACGAACACAUCACCUCAAGCGACAUAAACGCAUGCACACCGGUGAAAAGCCCUACAGUUGUGAUGUAUGUUUAAUGUCAUUUUCUGUUAAAUGCAACCUCACAAAACACAAACGCGUGCACACUAAUGAAAAGCCUCAUAAAUGCGAUGUCUGCUCAAAGUCGUUUGCUGAAAAAUCCCAUCUUACAACACACAAACGAGUACACACUGGCGAAAAACCUUACAAAUGUGAUGUAUGUUUAAUGUCAUUUUCUGAUAAACGCAACCUCACAAAACAUAAACGCGCGCACACUGGAAAAAAGCCUCAUAAAUGCGAUAUCUGCUCAAAGUCGUUUUCUGAAAAAUCGUACCUCAAAGAACACCAUCUCUUACACACUGGCAGAAAAAAACCUUAUAAAUGUAUUGUAUGCUUAAAGACAUUUUCUCAUAGAGCCGACUUAAAAGUACACAAUCGCGUGCACACCGGUGAAAAGCCCUUCAAAUGCACCGUGUGCCUAAUGUCAUUUUCUGUAAAAUCCUCUCUUACACUACACAAACGAAUACACACUGGCGAAAAACCUUACAAAUGUGAUGUAUGUUUAAUGUCAUUUUCUAUUAAAAGCAACCUUGAAGUACACAAACGCGUUCACACCGGAGAAAAGCCCUACAAAUGUAAUGUUUGUCAUAAAUCUUUUUCUGUAACAUCCUCUCUCAUAACACACAAACGCGUGCACACUGGCGAAAAACCUUAUAAAUGUGAUGUGUGCUUGAAGUCAUUUUCUCAAAGUAACGACCUUACAAAACACAAACGCGUUCACACUGGAGAAAAACCUUUUAAAUGUGAUGUGUGCUUGAAGUCAUUUUCUCGAAGUAACGGCCUUACAAUACACGUACGCAUUCACACCGCGAAAAACCUUAUAAAUGUGAUGUGUGUUUAAAGUCAUUUUCUGAUAAAUCCCACCUUACAACACACGUACGCAUGCAUACUGGCGAAAAGCCUUAUAAAUGUGAUGUAUGCCUAAAGUCAUUUUCCAAAAAAUUCAGUUUCACACGACACAAUUGCUUACGAUAUCAAUAAUUUAUAUUUAUUAAUUUUUAAAUAAAAUGUUUGAAGUGGGUUACCCACAACUUAAUAAAACAUAUGCGGCUGGUAAAGUUUAAUUUUGUUUUCUUUUAAUCAAAUGAUCACCGCAUGUUUCUUUCGUUUACCCUGUAGGCCUUUAGUGGUUGUUUGGCGUGUUUUGCUUGUAUUAUUAUUAAUUUUUUUUUUUGUAAUAUGUUUAACGAUCGUUUAUAUUUUCAGAACUAUUAUUACAAAUUUUGUAUUAUUUAUUUAAAAUUGGUGUUAACCUUUGUAAUUAUUAUUAACAUCAUGCAGGCGUCAUUAACUUGGUAUUAUAUUAAUGUGACAACUUCUCGCUACACAGGCCUAUUUAGCAUUAUAUCCCUUACCAAUUAAGCAGUUCGUUGUAGGUUAGGUAUUUUGAUUUAAUUUUAAUUGAAGUCAAAAUAAGUACCAUAAUAUUGACAACUUUUAAGUAAUAAUUCAUUUGUUAGAGAAUCGCAAUAUUUAUUUACAACGUUUCUCUAUGUCUUAAUCUAAAUUUUAUUCGAUUUUCGAUAGAUUGAUAAAAACGAUUUAAUAAGUUAAAUAGAUAGGUAUUUAGUUUUAAAUAGGAAUUCUGUACGUCAAGUCGUUAUAAAUAGUACUGUCUUAAGAACAUGC